CUGAUCUGUCUUCCAUGGAGCCGCUAGUGAUAAAUUCUCAGGUCACCAAUGUUUCAAUCAAAGAAACACGGAGUUCAGCUUCGAGUGAUGAAAAGGACAAUGUUUGUAUGCCAUCUUCUUCGGGAACUCCUGUCAGUACAGAUAAUCCUAUCAAUGAGAACAGUUCGGGGUCUGAUCAGUCUAUGUUAGCACCACCUUCAACAAAUUCCCAAUACAUCAUUUUUUCAGUUGAUGAAACGCCAAAUUCAGCCAUGGGUGAUGGAAUGGCCAAAGCGUCUAUGUCGUCUUCUUUUGAGGCAAGUUUGGUCAUUGCAGAUGAUCGAUUGAUUGAAAACAGCUUGGAUUCUGAUCAGAUGUCUAUGGAGCCGCUAGUGACAAAUUCUCAAGUCACCAGUGUUCCAGUCAACGAAACACACAUUAAAAGUUACUUCUUUAUUUACUCGUGAAUUAAACAUUACGUAAAAAAAUCAAAGUAGCUAGUACAAAAGUCGUCCUCAU